GGGCAAUUGAGUGAAGGUCUGCUACAAACGGGAACGCCAAGCACUCAAACAGUAAACUACAAGGUAGAUAACCAAGAACGAAAUUUCGAUUUUUGAUAACAUACGAAAGAUGCGAGUGCUCGCCCAAUGGGGCAUAGUCGUUUCCUCCUCGUUCGCGGCUGCAGCCAGGAGCAGCGGUUCUUCGAGUUUCGGAGCGUUUCAGAAUGCUGGUUCUGAAGCCCCACUGCCUCGAACACGCGAAGACCGCGCAGGCUCUACCGCAUCAAUCCCCGCGUUGAUACCGCCACCGAGACCACGCGAAAGCGAGCCGACCUCGUCCACUGCUUUCAGUCGAUCAAAGGGGGUUUCGCCAGCGACUGCUUAUGAUAGCCGGUUACCUAGGAGUUACAGCUUCCGAAGGCCUUCAGAAGGAAAUCAUGACGAACGUCCAAACGUUGAAGAUGAUGGUGACCAGGAACACCGAUUGAGAAGUUUCUUAGGAGAUGAUGACGCAUCUGCUUGUGGCCCUCUCGCAUCGUCAUCCCUCGCAUUGUUGCAAAGAGACUGUGUCUCACGAAGUUCUCCCGCUUCCUCAUCUCCACGAUCAGCAAAAUCGUGGGUGAGAUUGGAACGUCAUUCAGAUUCUGAACGGCAUUCAGGCAGUCACGUAGACUUAGAAUAUUACCAAGAAGACCUUCGGAAUGGGUCGAGUGAUGCGGGUGGAUCGUGGGCCCACGCGGAAAGCAAGAACUAUGGGGACGUGGAGGACGAGGACGGUGAGUACAACUUGCUCGACAACUUUCUUUUACACAGAAGAGACAAGGAUCUUCCUAUGGAGGAACUUCCUAUUGAUGCUACUCCUGCGUGGUCGGAGUCCUCUGAAGAAAGCAUUCCAGUUGUGGAGAAAAGCGGCCUCGUCAAAAAUGACACCAGUGCGGCAUCGCGACCACUUUUAGUACGACCUACAAGUCGAAAUGAUCGUGAUGAUACUACGAAUGAAGCUGAAGCCCCGCACAAACAAGGAAGCUGGGAACGCGGGGACAAGCAAACGCAACAAAACAUUCAUUCUACGAGUAGAUCUAAUCGAGAUGGAGUGCCAGAACGGGAAAAAGGCACUCCAAGUACAAGUCUGCCUCAUUCGAGUGCAGGUAGCUGUACGCUGUUUGACAAGCCCCUAAGUGAAAUAAAACGCUUGCACAUUGAUAGAAUAGCGUCCACCUCAUCCCCCGUUGUGAGCAAGGACGCUGAUGCUGGUACUCACAGAUCAUCUAGUACUGCAGCGCCCUCAGCUCCCGUCAUGGUUCCAGUGCGUUUCGGCGAGGGGCCAUUGAGCAUUAGCAUGCACAAAGCAGGUUGUAGUGCUACACCUACAACCGGCCGAUUAAUGCAGGCGGUGGGCCAGGUCGACAGCACAGAUGAUGCUGCCAUUUGCCCUAGGAGCAAGCUGGUUUCUUCACUAGUAGCCUCGGAACGCAUUGGCCGUGGAAGCGCUGACAUUGAGAGGGAUACCGAUAUUGCCGCGCUUCUCCCGAAAUUGUUGACCAAGCAUGGGAUUCCACUGAGUGCUACUCCCGCGCUGGAGGCGAAUGCACCGUUGUCGUUUCCGCAUUGGCAGGCAACUUUUGACAGCAACAGUACGGUGACAACAGGCGUAAACAUCUGUUACACUCCAAAAGCAAAACGAAAAACACCAAGAAGCAGUGCAUCAGUAGCAUCAUGCGACCGGAAUUGUCGAAAUGAGCCGCAAACGGCGACCACUUUCCCACCUGUAGCUGCUGGUGAGGUGGACUUAUUGACGCCGCCGUCUCCACCUCCAUCUGAGAAGAGAAGCCCACUGCAACUCGACCUUGAUGAUGAUUGUGCAGAUAUGAGAUGCUGUAGAGCAAAAUCCAGUAAGACACCACCCCUGAGUCCGCCAGCAACAUCGCUCUGCCGGUCUUCAUCGAACGCAUCCACGUGCUCUCCCCGCGGGAUGUCUCCGAUCGCCCAAUCUCCCGGCGCUAAUCGUCCGUCAUUGCUUCAGGUGGGUGGAGCCACUGUCUUGCCGCCACCUUGUUUCGGCAAGAAAUUGUCUGGCAGUGACAGUGUGGAUUUCGGUGUUGAACACGGAACUCCCGCUUCAAUUUCACGGUCACAAAUAAGCAGUCUAUCUUGUUAUAGUGUCUGCCCCUGUAGCUCGUCAUCUGGGUCAACAUAUCUCGGAGAGGACACGCGGUUCGCUGGUUCGUGUUCCGCCGCAGUCGCGUCUAUGCUAGAUGGACCAGCACGCAAGAUCGCCGAAAUAAAGGCGCUGGUAUCUACCAAGGUGAGAGAGACCCUACUGGAUGAAACCUCGUCGCUUGAAGAUGUGGACGAGGAUGAACAAGUGCUUGCGCUGGCCUGCACUACAAAUGAAGAGACCGGCGAUAUAACUUCUACACAGAUGACAGGCGGCUUGUCUAGAACAUCUUCAGACUCUUCCGAUUCUGGCACAGCCACAUUGAUGAACCCACCUCCUCAGGCAAGAAGCGGGAGCAGUAACGCCAUGAUUACCAAGUUAGGUGGGGCCACUGCACAAGAUCUGAAACCCGCUCCAACGAGUUUUGGUCUUCCGUCAUCUACCAGUGGCAACAGAGGACCCCCGCACAUCGAGGGACUCCCUCAUCCGCUCCGCGUGAUAGCAUCUGCGUCAUCACGCAAUGGAAACAGUGUUGACGCGGUGCUGAAGCCUCGUCGCCGUUUGGAUCUUUUAGGAAGCUUACGGAAUCUGCGUUUCCGUGGCUAUCGGCAGCUUACCCUGAGCCGCAAUAUUGCAGGAGCUGCAAACACCUCAGCAUGGGAGCUCCCAGAUCAGUCAGGUAUCAAGAACAAAGUAGACCUUGGUAACAAUGUAUUCUUGCCGACAAAUGGUGGUCCCAAGCCAAAACUUACCUCCCGAGGGCACCCAUCUAAACAACUAGAACUAUGCUAAUUGGUUUCAGGGUUCAGUCAUAUUGAUGCUCCUCAUUGCGUGACAUGUUGUUCAAUGAUUUGCUAUCAAAAUAACACAGGAAUCGGCCGAGCCGAUACCGAUGGCGCGCCAACAGCAGAGAGCGUUUGUCAUUUGUGUCGCAGACUUUACGAGUCUCUGACCCUAGCCAAGACGACUCAAGAUGGCGCAGAUGUUGCGGACGGUGAUGAACGAGUCUGAACCUCUGACAUUGCUCACUUUGAUUUCACACUGGAAGUGCAUGUCCGGUUUUUGCGUUGCCGCAGAGUGCGGUCCUUCUGAUAACGUCAAAGAAGUAUGGACUAGGUUUGGCUUCGUCGAGAGGAUGGCGAAGCUCUGAAAUUUUGACAUACAUCGUGGUCUGUACGACGAUCAAAUUUUUUUCCACAAUUGAAGAUAGUUGUAGAAGUGAUGUGGAUUCAACAAGAAUUUUACGCAGAAAUCGAUGAUCCAUUGGAGGUUGAGCUUAGUUUAAUGUAGAUCGGAUGAAUCAGGGAUUAUCCACCACGAGAGGGACAAUUCAGAAUAUAGGCGAUAGCUGGGCACUUCCGUUUCAUCUCGAACUCGGGAAAUUCAAAACAGAGUUGUUAUCAUUAGAUAAUACGGCACUUGCAGUUGCAGCAGCAUAUUUCUAAUACAUCAUAAGUAGAGACCUGCAAUCCCUGUGUUAUACCUGUACAUCAUGUGUUACGAGAAUGCAGUAUCAAAAUAAAACUCAGUUUUUGGCACGGCAUUCAUGGUUCUUGCUUCUCGACUUGAGAAUAGGCAUUUUGUUCUGCAUUUCGCUCUGCAGUUGAUCACGUCCGCCAAAGUUAUCAAGUUCACCACGUCUCUGUUUCCCUUUGUUUCUUGCUCUCUUACGCGUCUUGCCGUGCAGCUGUUGGGCAUUCACAAGUAUGUGUUCCCUCGCAGUCACAAUUGAUUGUACUAAACCGUCUUGGAAAC